UCCAGUACCCCCAGAUGGUGGGUGAUGGGCUGGACGAGGUCACCCGUGCGCGCAUGGAGCUGCGUGCAAAGCUCCUGAACAGGGAGAUGACUCGGCUGCUGCAGGAGCUGGAGCAGAGCAGCCUGGAGCGCAGUGUCAGGGCCUGGGGAGCCCUGCUCUGGGCUGCCUUGCAGCAGGGGCAGUUCUGGGCUCUGGCUGGAGUCCUGGGCCUCCUCUUGUGGCUGUGGUUUAUCCGCAGCAGAAGGAGCCGCCAGCCAGGCAACAAUGGCGAGGAGGAGGAGGAAGGAGAUGGCGAUGGUGGUGGAAAUGAAGGGGAAGAAAACAUAGAAGAAGAAGAGGAUGUUAUUGCCCACAACCUGAGACGGCAUUUAGAGGAGUACAGAGUGCAGCUGAUGAAAGGUUGCGCUAUUACAAAAGUCCUGGUGGACAGCUUCACCAUGUUCUUUGCAGACCUCUUGUCAGGCUUUUCAUACCCAGUGCCGCAACGAGCCAUCGGGGUGGGCAGUGCCUUUGAAGGUUGGAGUCCCCGGGAGGAGGAUGUUGUGUACUUUUUCCUUGUACCUCUCAGUCCUCCCCUGGGGUACACCUUCCAUCUGGAGAUGGUCACUUUGGGGCACUUGCCAGGGAGGAACUUCUGCGUCCGCGUGGAGCCGGUGUGCACCUGCCCGAGGGAGCAGCAGGACGAGAACGUGCUGUGCUCCGUCCACCACCCAGAGGAGGAGCAGAGGAGAAAUGAGGAGCCCACCUUCCUGAACACCCUCUGCACCGGCUCCUACCUCGAUGUGGAUAAAACUGCCCGCUGGUUCUACCAGUUGGUGAGAGCGAGCUGGCCGGCUUUGCCUCAGUCACACAGUUGGCAAUUAGUGCUGCUGCCCCCCAGCCGCUGCUGCAAAUUCAAGGUGACUAGAGACGGAGAGAGCCUGACGGUUGAGCUGCUCUUUGGGGUGCAAGAAGGUAAUUCAGACAUCUACGUGAGCAGCCAGCCUACAGAGGCCCUCUUCACCCCAAGCACAAUGUGGCCUGAGACCUACGCCGUGGCAGAGAUGGAGUUCUUAAAGCUCAUUACCGAGCAGGCUCCACCUCACAGCUGCCACCUCAAAUGCCUGCAUGUCUUGGCUCGAGCUCUUCUGGGCAUAGGCUUCUCCACCUAUACGAUGAAGACCAUUGUGAUGCACCUCCUGAACACCGGACCUCUGUCAGGCUGGCGCAUGACACUUUUCCGGCGGCGGCUGGAGGAUGCCAUGCAGUACCUGCACAGCUCCCUCAAAGAGAAACGCCUUGACCACUUUGUUGUGGGCAACCGGACAUUUCCUCAGGAGAUUCUCUUGCCCCCGGAUGUCAAAACCGCCCAGCCACCCAACCUCUUCCAUCGCCUGGCGCAGGAUCCGGCCGCCCACGCGCAGGCAAUGGACGAGUGCGAUGAACUGCGACAUCGGCUCUCAACAAUGCUGCGAGACGGCCGUUGAAAGAAGUCUUCCUGCACACAGCUGUGCUUGGGGGACUCACA